GAAAGCUUAGUUGUGCAGUCGACGUAUAUAAGAAAAUUUCCCCGUAGUUUCUUUCUUUGAGAUAAUGUCGGCUAACAACGAUGAUAGAGACAAUGGCCCAGAAGGCAUGGAGCCAGAUGGUGUCAUUGAGAGCAACUGGAACGAUAUUGUGGACAGUUUUGAUGACAUGAACCUGCGUGAGGAGUUGCUUCGGGGAAUUUACGCCUAUGGUUUUGAGAAGCCUUCUGCCAUCCAACAGAGAGCUAUUCUUCCUUGUAUCAAGGGUUAUGACGUGAUUGCCCAGGCCCAGUCGGGCACCGGAAAAACUGCCACCUUUGCGAUUUCCAUCCUUCAACAGGUUGAUGUGACGCUGAAAGGCACCCAGGCUUUGGUCUUGGCCCCCACCAGGGAGCUGGCUCAACAGAUCCAGAAAGUGGUGCUGUCUCUAGGCGACUACAUGGGCGCCAGUUGCCACGCUUGCAUCGGCGGCACUAACAUCCGCAACGAGUCCCAGAAGCUGCAGGCAGAGUCCCCGCACAUUGUGGUGGGGACCCCCGGUCGUGUCUUUGACAUGUUGAACCGCAAGAACAUCUCUUCUAAAUACAUCAAAAUGUUUGUGCUGGAUGAGGCCGAUGAGAUGUUGAGCCGCGGCUUCAAGGACCAGAUUUACGAGAUCUUCCGAAAACUGUCCGGCACCAUACAGGUUGUCCUGCUGUCGGCCACCAUGCCGGCUGAUGUGUUGGAGGUCACCAAGAAGUUCAUGCGCGAUCCUAUUCGCAUCCUGGUCAAAAGAGAGGAGCUGACCCUCGAGGGUAUCCGCCAGUUCUACGUCAAUGUGGAGAAAGAGGAGUGGAAGCUGGACACGCUGUGCGAUCUGUACGAGACCCUGACCAUCACUCAGGCCGUCAUCUUCAUCAACACACGGAGGAAAGUGGACUGGCUCACCGAGAAGAUGCAGUCCAGGGACUUCACCGUUUCAGCCAUGCAUGGUGACAUGGACCAGAAAGAGCGGGACUUGAUCAUGAGGGAGUUCCGUUCUGGCUCCAGUCGCGUCCUCAUCACCACUGACCUGCUGGCUCGCGGCAUUGACGUGCAGCAGGUCUCUCUCGUCAUCAACUACGACCUGCCGACCAACAGGGAAAACUACAUCCACCGGAUUGGCCGUGGUGGUCGUUUUGGCAGAAAGGGAGUCGCCAUCAACAUGGUGACCCACGACGACAAGCGCAUCCUGCGGGACAUCGAGACCUUCUACAACACCACCAUUGAGGAGAUGCCAAUGAAUGUGGCUGAUCUUUUCUAAAAAAAGAAAGAAGAAAAAAAACUUGAGAGAAAAGCGAGCAAGAUCCAUCCGACCUCGUUCCUCUUCCCCACCUCUCCAGUUUUAAAAAGAAACAAGGAAAAAAGUCCCAACUUGUGAUAAAUUCAAAUUGAUGAACUUGACCAGUUUCCCACUGGGGAAGGAAGACUGCAGCCUUGAUUCCUUCCCCCCCUCCCAAAUCAGUUUUUGACAUGACCGAAACUCCUUUGCCAAAAUAGUCUCACUGAAAUUGAAUUUAAUGCAAACAUUCCAACCUUUUUUUUUUCUUGUGCUAAUUUUCAUCAAAAUGACAUUUUUAGCCCCCGCCCCUCCAAAAAGCACAACUGUUGUGACAGCAUCCCAGAACAAGGACUAUACAUUAAGUAGCAGCAUCCAUGAGGCCAUCUCUUGAAGCAUUUGGUGUGAACGCUGAAAAACAAAAAUGCAAACGGUGUUAAGGCAACCUCCAGUGUACCUAAUUUGAGUCUAGCUCUUUGGGGAAUUAGACUUGCAUAGGCCGUGUUCAAUAAAAAGAUCUGUACAGUCAAGUCAACUUUAACUGUUUGGAGCCUCUUAACUGCUGUUUCCAAAUCAAGAGCAACCCCCCCAAAAAGUGGAAAAACAAGCGUUUUAUUUUAGAGUUGCUCAAGCAGCAUCCUUACUUGUUCCCCUUUUGGCCAUUGGGUGGAAGAUGGCUGCCAUAUGGAAGUUUACGGUGAGUUCAGUUCAUGCCGGGUUUUUUUUUUUUCUCCCUGGGUCUUCAUGCAUUAUAGUUGAGACUGCCCCCCUUCAAUCAACUGCCCGCUCCACUUUGUAGUUUGUGUAUUUUUUAAAGUGUUGCAUUCAUUUUCUAUUCAGACGGUGGCCACUUUGUGUGAUCUACCUCAACAAAAAUGUGUGGGUGGGUGGAAUGUUUGCUGUUCUUUAAGGACCAAACUUGCAGUUCAGAGAUUCCACAGCCUCUUUAAACUCUGAAAACCUGCCUGGUGGGGUAUCUUGUUUGGAGGUGUAUGGUGUUUUUUUAUUUUGUUUUGGGAAAUGAAAAAUAAAUUGUUAACCUUUUCAGACAGAAACAGUGUAUCAAAAUUUUCUACAUUGGAUUCUGUAUAGUAUUUAUUUUUAAUGGUCUUUAAGAAAAUAAAGGUGUCUCCUUUA